AGCUGGGUUACAGUGGAAGCAGGGAUAGAGCAAGGGUGGGCAGCUAAUCCAGGGUGGAGAGCCGUGCAGCAAGACCUCAAGGUUGCCCACUGAUGCUUGUUGGCAAAGGGAAAUAAGGGGAAAUUCGCUUUUGGACAUCAAAGGGCCCAUCAGAUAAUUUGGGGGCAUUUUAGAUAUGAGUGAGCAGGAAAUUGGGGAAUGAACCGGGAGAUGAGGACUGCUCCAAGCAGCCGAAAGUGGCUUGGAUAGAGAGCCACUUUUCAAAGGUUAGAGGAUCUAUGGUGAGAGGGGAGUGUUUUGGAAGAAGGAAGCUAAAUGUGUAAAAUGCUGCUCCGACAGGGACUUUUUCCUGAUUUCCAACCAGGACGGGGCUGCGUGUAACCUGAGCCCUUCAUUCCAUGUUUCACAAUCUGAGGCCCCAUCUCAAAUUUCCCCCUAGUAUUGAGUAUGCUCAUUGCCAGAGUGCAACCUUGGAGGGUCACUCAGGGUCUGCCGUCUUCUGUCAGCACAUAUUGUAGCUCCUUGCCAAAUAGGCAGGCAGGAAGGCGCGCCUGCGCUUUGGCCUCUGCCUGGAAGAGGGAUGAAGGAAAGGCAUGGGGUACCAGGCAGCGGAAAAGAUGUGCUUCUGAGGCUCGCUUCUGAGCCAGCAGUGCAGCUCGGGCUGAGUUAAUGCGACAGCGCACAGGUGGCUCUCGCUUCCCUCCAGCACAGCACAACCCCUCUCAGUCACCGCAGCGGAAUGAGCAUGUGGCUAGGAAACGUGUUUUGCCAGGGGCAGAGCCAGGCUUGGUGUGACCCUGAAGCCCAUGUGGUUCCCUUCGAGGGACCUUCAGAGCGCUCACCUGCAUCCAGCCAGGCUCUCACUGUGAAGAAGAGCAGGGUUUGCUUUCCUCCUUUCGGGCUGAUGGGAGCCUGGCUGAGUGAUGGUUGCUGGUCUUCUGUGCAUUUCCAGUGUCUCAAGGAUCAGUAAGUUUCCUUGUGAGUCAACCUGGAUGCUGCAUGCAAUUCCUUUGGGAUACGCAGAACCUUUAAGUCCAUUGUAGGGGCCGCACCCUUGCCCAGCUGAGGCAUUCCUGGCAGGAUUGCAAUAUUCCUGCCUGAAAAUGCCCCGUCGAAGGGAUGGCCAGGUUUCUGCCCACUUGUCUGCCUCACUGGGAGCUGCUGGAGGAGGGCGGUCCAUGGUCUGGAUCUUUUCUUUGCAGCGCUCCUUGCAAUUUUUUUCUCUCUGUGUGUCUGUUCCUUAUGCCACAUCUCUACGCAUUUGGUAAGAGUUCUUCAGACAUUUUAUGAUCUCAACUUUACUGCCAGUGCAAUACCCGUAAGUAUUAGCUUUCAGUUCUUACCGGAAAUACUUCCUUGUCUGGCUACCUAGACAGUUCAGAGUUUCUCAAGAGUUCACCGUAUGUGAGCUCUUCACUUGAAGGCAAUUCCUCAGAAGCGAGGCUUUGGCAGGGCUUCCAAAGUGCAGAAGGGGGAACGUUGGAGAUGUUGGCAAGAAAGUUGCCAACUUUGCCUUGAGCUGGAAUGAACUCAUCUGUUUCGGCCAUUCAUUCCUACCGAGAUUUUCAUUUUCUCUUUCCUCCCAAGCAGAUGAAUUGCAAGACAGUUGAAUUAUUUGGAUCCCUGCAUCAUAUCAUCAGAAACAAGUGAGGAUGAAGUGAGAAAAGAGACAUUUCCAAAUGCACAGAAUGCAAAAAGCACAGGGAAAACCAAGUAAAGAACAGGAGACAAUAAUCCAGUAUUUUUCACAGUGUUGGAAACAAUCGUCUGGAAUGAAAGAAUGUGCAGAAUGUUGAAAGAGAGCCAUGCAGGAACCUCUCUCUCCAUCUAGCCCUCUGCAGGACGCAGGUGAACAUGUCUACCUUGGAACAAGUCUCAGAGAGCAAGAACUGACUUAAUGGGCAUCAGCGAUCCAGCAAUUGAGGAAGCCCUGUAUGAUCAUGGAAAGUAGGCAGAGCUUAAGGGCUGGUGAAAGGCUUCCAGAGGGUGGAGGAGCCCAGCCUGCAGAGCAGCUCUAUAAAUACAUGGAAUAUUGUAAGCCCUUCAGUGAUCCAAGUGAUGUUUCUACAUGCCAAAGAAAGCACAAUGGGGAGGCAGCAAAGAAAAGCAAGGAAUGUGGAAAGAGCUUCAGAGGGAGUGGAAAACUUAGAAGGCGUCCAAGAACUCACACUGGGGAGAAGCCUUGCACAUGCAUGGAAUGUGUAAAAGCCUUCAGUCAGAGUAUACCCCUUACCCGACAACAAAGAACCUGCACAGGAGAGAAACCAUACACAUGCAUGGAAUGUGGAAAGAGCUUCACUUGUAGUAGAAAUCUUAUAAGGCAUCAAAGAACCCACACGGGAGAGAAGCCAUACAAAUGCAUGGAAUGUGGAAAGGCCUUCAGUGGAAGUGGAGAGCUUAAUCAACAUCACAGGACCCACACUGGGGAGAAACCAUACACAUGCAUGGAAUGUGGAAAGAGCUUCACUUCUGGUGGAAAUCUUAUAAGGCAUCAAAGAACCCACACUGGGGAGAAGCCAUUCAAAUGCAUGGAAUGUGGAAAGGCCUUCAGUGGGAGUGCAGGUCGUAUUCAUCAUUGCAGGACCCACACAGGGGAGAAGCCGCACACAUGCAUGGAAUGUGGAAAGAGCUUCAGUCAGGGGAAAUGUCUUAUGCUGCAUCAAAGAACCCACACUGCAGAGAAGCCUUACACAUGCAUGGAAUGUGGAAAGAGCUUCAGUUGGAGGGGAUGUCUUAUACUGCAUCAAAGAACCCACACUGGGGAGAAGCCAUACACAUGCAUGGAAUGUGGAAAGAGCUUCAGUCAGCGUGGAUAUCUCAUACAGCAUCAGAGAACGCACACUGAAGAGAAGCCAUACAAAUGCAUGGAAUGUGGAAAGAGCUUCAGUUGGAGGGGAUGUCUUAUACUGCAUCAAAGAACUCACACUGGGGAGAAGCCAUACACAUGCAUGGAAUGUGGAAAGAGCUUCAGUCAUAGUGGAAGUCUUAGAAAGCAUCGAAGAACCCACACUGGAGAGAAGCCAUACACAUGCAUGGAAUGUGGAAAGACCUUCAGUCAGAGUAGAAAUCUCAUAAGGCAUCAAAAAACCCACACUGGAGAGAAGCCAUACAAAUGCACAGAAUGUGGAAAGGCCUUCAGUGGGAGCGGAGAUCUCACUCAACAUCAAAGAACCCACACUGGGGAGAAGCCAUACAUGUGCAUGGAAUGUGGAAAGAGCUUCAGUUGGAGUGGAGAGCUCACUCAACAUCACAGGACCCACACUGGGGAAAAACCAUACACAUGCAUGGAAUGUGGAAAGAGCUUCACUUCUAGUGGACAUCUUAUAAGGCAUAGAAGAACCCACACUGGAGAGAAGCCAUUCAAAUGCAUGGAAUGUGGAAAGAGCUUCAGUGGGAGUGGAGAGCUCACUCAACAUCACAGGACCCACACUGGGGAGAAACCAUACACAUGCAUGGAAUGUGGAAAGAGCUUCACUUCUGGUGGAAAUCUUUUAAGGCAUCGAAGAACCCACACUGGAGAGAAGCCAUUCAAAUGUAUGGAAUGUGGAAAGGCCUUCAGUGGGAGUGCAGGUCGUAGUCAUCAUCGCAGGACCCACACAGGGGAGAAGCCACACACAUGCAUGGAAUGUGGAAAGAGCUUCGGUCAGGGGAGGUAUCUUUUGCUGCAUCAAAGAACCCACACUGGAGAGAAGCCAUACACAUGCAUUGAAUGUGGAAAGAGCUUCAGUUGGAGGGAAUGUCUAAUACUGCAUCAAAGAACCCACACUGGAGAGAAGCCAUACACAUGCAUGGAAUGUGGAAAGAGCUUCAUUCAUAGUGGAAGUCUUAGAAAGCAUCGAAGAACGCACACUAGAGAGAAGCCAUACACAUGCAUGGAAUGUGGAAAGACCUUCAGUCAGAGGGGAAAUCUCAUAAGGCAUCAAAAAACCCACACUGGAGAGAAGCCAUACACGUGCAUGGAAUGUGGAAAGACCUUCAGUCAGAGGGGAAAUCUCAUAAGGCAUCAAAGAACCCACACUGGAGAGAAGCCAUACACGUGCAUGGAAUGUGGAAAGAGCUUCAGGUGGAGGGGAUGUCUUAUAUUGCAUCAAAGAACCCACACUGGAGAGAAGCCAUACACAUGUAUCGAAUGUGGAAAGAGCUUCAGUCAGAGGGGACAUCUUAUACUGCAUCAGGGAACCCACACUGGAGAGAAGCCAUACAAAUGCACGGAAUGUGGAAAGGCCUUCAGUCAGAGAGGACAUCUCAUAAGGCAUCAAAAAACCCACAUUGGAGGCUUCCAGUUUGGUGUCGUGGCGGCACGGCUUUGAGGAGUGGGGGUUCCUGCUAUCACGCCAGUAUUUGUUCAGCAGAAAGCCGUGGGAGGUUCAUCCAAGCCCUGUCAGGGCAAAGAUUAGAUUGUCCGGGCACUCUUGUAAUUGCGCAGGGUAGUGGCUCCGAAUUUAUUGGGAGAGAUUUGGGCUUUUCUCAAUCAGACAACACAGAGGGAGGAUAACAGCUCCCUACAAGCCAUUGACAUCCGGGAGAAUUGCAUAGAAGAAUUAGCUGGAAGUUCAUCGGACCUGCUGGGCAUCUACAACAAAUCUUCAGAGUCCUGUUCAUCAACCCAAAGCAGCAGAAGUUGGAAAAUAUCAAAAGGAGCUACAGAUGACGCUUCUGGCGAUACAGACAUCCUUAACAGCUUUGCAGUCAUCCCAAGAGGCGAUGUUAAUUCAACAGGAAAACAUUUCAAUUGAACAAAGAGAACGUCUCAACAAACUGGAUAAUUCUAUUAAGGGGGUUUUGGUGGUUGUUCAAUUUAAAACUGAAAAAAAUACACAAAGAAUACAACAAGCAUAUGAAAAACUUGAAACGGUUGAUAAAGAAAUGAAUAAAGCCGGUAAACCAUUUAUCAUGGGAUUUGCUUGUUAUACUAGAGAGGGAGAAGGUAUCCAGAUAUUUGAUCGACAGAAGGAACGUCUCUUACCUGGAACGUUAACAAGAUACCAACUGGACUCGAUUUUUAAGGCAGAAGGGGUGUAUGAAAAAUUUAGAAGUAUGUCUGAAAAAAAAUUGGAUGCCUGAAAGAAGGAGGGAUAGGUGCCGAACUAACUACAUAUCAUUCUGAGGAAGGAGAAAUAGUGAAUACUGAUUUGCAACAAGAGGUACAGACACUGGAAAUGGAUACCGAUUUACAACAAGCACUACAGAUACUGACAGCAAAGGAAGAGAGAUGGGGCAGGGGUGUAAAGAAGAAAUAAGAGAAUUUUCUAUUUUAAAAGGAAUGAUUUAAAUGGGUUGGCAUGUUUAUAUGUGGUAUGAGAAGGCUAAGUUACAUGAUUUUUUUUUUAAGUUACUAUACCUGAAAACCAUUAAUGUUGGUGUAGGAAAAGGUAUACUAAGAUGUUUUUUCACCCAUGGAAGCUUCUCAAUAUCCAAAUGCAUAGAAUGUUGAAGGGAUUAUAAGAUAUGAUGUACAUUUUGGAUAAAGAUGGAGGAUUGAAAUUGAACUAAGAAAUACAAGAACAGGGAAUUGAUAUCUUUUGGUGACAUAAGGUGCAGAUACAAUCGAGAUAUGUUAAAGAUUGUAAAGAGUGGGGCUUUUAUAAGGAGUUAAUAGUAUUUGACUAAGUGAUGCUUAAAUUAGGUGAAAUAUUAGCAACUUCAUAUAAAGAAAGCUUGUAUAAGAUGUGUUAUAGGUGGUAGCUUUCGCCAAAUAGAUUAGCCAAGAAGUUUUUAAAGAUGUCAAAUGGAUGUUGGAUAUGUAAACAUAAAUUGGGUAUUUUUUAUAUAUGGUAGAGGAAGUGGUACAA